GUGCCAUGUGGGUUCUAGGGGAAGAAUGAGGCGCUUCCGUUGGCCCUGUUUUGUACUGUUUGUUUCCAAAGUUUGUCAACUCUUUCAGUUUCAUUCCCUUACUUUUCUACACUGAACCGUUCUGUAGCACUUCUGGUCAUCGUAUUUUGCUCCUGCAGGGAUAGAAUGAUUUGGGGGUGGUUAAAAUGCUCUGCUGAGGGGUUUCCCGUUUGUGGUGGUGACUUUGAUUGAAGUGUUUUUCUUAAAUGCAUGCCAUAGUCCAGAGCAGGCUGCUGGGCCGGUUUCUGUGUGCAGCUCUGCUCCUGCCCGGGGUGCGCUGGCCAUAGGCUCUGCAGUGAGCACGCUCGUGUGUCUGCCUUCAUCCCCUCGCUGCACAGCUCUGCGCCGCUUUCUGCUUUGACACCAAGCACAGAAGCAGCACUGACCACAGAUGCAAGAAAAUCUCUUCUCACUUGGGGUUUGUCUCUGUUUUUCCUGUAGGGAAAGCUGGGCAUAAGGAUUGAUAGUGGCCUGGCGUGAACUGAAAGCUGAGUACAGAAGAGGGGUUUGGCCUGCAGGCUCUCACCAGGGUCCCGUUAGCUGGAUGUGCCAGGCAGGGGCCUCUCCAGCAUCACACUGGGUUUGGCAGAAGUUGAGCGAGUUAAGAGGAAAAAGGAGGAACCAUUCUGUUCCCUGGCACAGCUGUCAUAGCUCAUGGCUCCCUAGGCUCAUAGUUUAAACUCUGAUAAAUACUGCCAUAAGCAGGUGAAAAGAUUUCUGGGCCACUCUGUACGGCUUAUGGUAUGUUCUUUUUUGUGACCAGGAGAGAGACUGACAGGUGAGUGUUCAGAGCUCUGCAGUAAGCAGAGUGUUCAGGAGUCAGUGAAAGCCAAAGCAGCCAACUCUUCACUUUCUCUGGGAAUAGCACAAAGGGCAAUGGAGCCUGUGAGCCUCGUGCUUUCCGAAGAGCCUUAUUCAGACCAACCCUCAUUUGUUAUCCUUGUUGGUUGUGAACUAAUCCAAGAAUGAACAAAGGUAAACAGCCUUACGCUGACCAGACUGCAACCCUUGAAAAGUUCAGCCCUGACAUUCUUUCUGAAGUUGAGAAGCUCUUUGCAAAGAAAUUUACUUACACUAAGCCAGUGAAUAACGAAUGGCAGCUACCAGAUCCUGGCGAUGCCUUCAGAUACGACCACAGGGAAUUCAGCUCCCUCCUGGCUCUGAAAGUCUCGAUGAAUGAAGUGAAGAACCAACUGAGUGAUAAGAAUCUGGACGCAUGGCAUCAGCACACCUCAUUUACCAAUAAAGCAGGGAAAAUAAUUCCUCAUGUGAAGAAAGCAGUGAACGCGGAGCUGUGUACCCAGGCAUGGUGCAAGUUUCAUGAGAUCCUCUGCAGUUUUCCUGUUCUCCCUGAACAAGCUCUUGAAGCUGGAGAACUGAGUUCUGUCCACCUCUGUGAAGCUCCUGGAGCUUUUAUAGCCAGCCUCAAUCACUACCUGAAAUCCCACCAUGUCACUUGCAACUGGCACUGGGUGGCCAAUACCCUAAACCCGUACCACGAGGCAAAUGACACGCUGAUGAUGAUUGCUGAUGACCGCCUCAUAGCAAACACUCUGUCCUGCUGGUACUUUGGCCCAGAUAACACUGGUGAUGUGAUGACAUUGAAGCAUCUGACAGGACUUCAGGACUUUGUAGGUGACAUGGCAACAGUUCACUUAGUAACUGCUGAUGGCAGCUUGGAUUGCCAGGGAAAUCCAGGUGAACAGGAGGCUCUCGUCUCCCCCCUCCUGUACUGUGAAACAGUCACUGCAUUAAUGAUCCUGGGCAUGGGAGGGUCUUUUGUUCUGAAGAUGUUCACGCUGUUUGAACACUGUUCUACCAAUCUGCUCUUUCUACUCAACUGCUCUUUUGAGGAGAUCCAUGUCUUUAAGCCAGCCACUAGCAAAGCUGGAAAUUCAGAAGCCUAUGUGAUUUGUCUUCGUUACAUGGGCAGAGAAAGCGUUCAUCUGCUGCUUUCUAGGAUGAUGCAGAACUUUGGAACAGAAAUGGUCAAUAAGGCGCUUUUCCCCCAGCAUACACUACCAGAAUCUUUUCUUAAAAUACAUGAAGAGUGUUGUAUGUUCUUCUACGAGUGCCAGGUAGAGACUAUCUCUGAGAACAUCCGUCUCUUUGAGCACAUGGAAGAAGCAGAGCAGACAAAACUGAACAAGUUAAGAGACUGUGCAGUAGAGUUCUUCAUGGAGAGAUUUUGUAUGAAACGCAUUGCCAGAAGUAACUGGCUUGUCAAGUCUCAGACUGGUUGCAGCAUGAAUGCAAAAUGGUUUAGGCAAAGAAACAAAUAUUUUAGUACAUACAAUGAAAGGAGGCUGCUGGAAACCCUUACAUGGAAUGAUAAAUUGGCAAAGGGCUAUUUUAAUCACUGGGCAGAGGAACAUAGUUUAAAUAAUGCUGGUAAAACAUGCAUCCUGGAACAAUCGUAUUCUGACCUUGAGUGCAGCUUGUGGUACAUUCUGGAAGGAAAAAGACUACCAGUGGUAAAAUGUUCUCCGUUUUGUGAUGGUCGAGUCUUGGAAAAUCUUAAUGAAGCUAUGAAGGAAUUGGGGGAGGGCAGCCUGAAAAGCAGGCAAAUGCUGCAGACUUGUCACUCCUGUGAAGUUCUUCCUGGGGAACUGAUAUUGGCAGAAGUGGCUGACCUUUCCAGGUGUCAUCAGGAAAUCCUAAAUGAAAGAGGUAGUGACCAGUUCAGGUGCCUUGUGGUGAACUUCCCAUCCCUCUGUGAUACUGGAAGCCAACCUGGUAUGGAAAUAAAGUCCCUGGAGUCAGCCACACUGCUGACCUUCAGUUUGUCUUUGCUUUAUGAUGGAGAACCACAGUACCAGCAGCAGCUUUUGGAGUGUGUUCUGCAUUCGCUGCAUCAGCUUACAGUGGGAGAUGCACUGAUAUUGCCUGUUCUCUCUUGUUUUACACGCUUCACAGCUGGCUUGGUCUUUAUCCUGCACUGCUGUUUCCGAUGCAUCACGUUUGCUUGUCCGACCUCCCAUGAGCCUCUAAUGACGGGUGCCACUUUGCUGUGUGUCGGUUUCCAAGGCCUUCCAAAUCCUAUUGCCGAAUACCUGUGGCAUGUGAAUAAGCAAAUGUGCUCAUUACUAGAAAUGGAUUCGCCCCAGCAGGUUUUGCAGUUUGUGCCUAUGGAAGUUCUCCUCCAGGGCAAACUGUUGGCAUUCCUAUGGGAUUUGAACACAGCCAUUGCAAAAAGAGAACUCCAUUUGAUUGUGCAAGCUAAGCAGCAGCAGCAAAUGACAAGCAAUAUUGCACUUUAGAGCCGUUCAGAGUGGAGCAAGUUGCUGCUGCUAGACCUUGUUUCGCAGGCAGGUGGAAGGUAUUAAAAGUGUUAAGGUAAAGGCAGUGUUCUCAUAAAACUUUGGUGUGAUGAUAUUCGUGUUGUGAGGAUGCUCUGGGCUAUCGUUCCUCCUUGCACCAUGGUCUGAGGCUUUACUCUCAGGCAUGGGGGAGGACAGUGACUGAAGAGGAGAAACCAUCUCUCCUCUGUCACAGUGUUCUUGGAGCAGAUUUCAUUGCGAACCACCUGGGUCAGAGCUGUGGCCUCCAUGAUGAGAGCUGGUGUGGUGAUUUGUACCUGUUGCAUCAGGCCAGGCAUUGGGGACCCUGCUGUGUGACAUUAGCCCUCUUCUGCAGUGCAAAACAUGGGCAUUCUGACACUCCUGUGUGCUUUUCCAGGGUUCAUAGAAGCCAAAAUGUGAGGUUUGGGCCAGAACGCCGAGCGGCGUGCACAUUGACGUGAGACUCAAAGGCCGAGCGCCUUGUGAGAAGGCAGCUGCAAAGAUGUCUCUCAAAGCAGGGGCACAUGAAAGGGGUGGGCAUGCUUACGCUGUGAUGUUCUGCCACAGAGGCCUGAGUAGCCAGAAGCAGCUCACUGACUUAAAUAACUUGGAUUAUUCCUUACUCAUGAGUCUGAUAUUUCUAAAUUAUUAUUUAUAGGGGAAGUAAAAUUUUGAGGUGACUGACAGGCUGUGAGAGAAAAUGCAUUUAGUAUUUUGAGCUCUCCUUGGCUUGUCUGGCACGGGAUGAACAGUGCAGCCUUACUCGAGGUCCCUCCUAUCUCAUUGUUCCCCACAUCAUCAGUUUUCCUUUUUUUCAUUUAUUUUUAGAAGCAAACAUUUUGAAUGGUUCCGAAGUUUCAGAGUAAUUAGGGCUGUGAACUGGGCCACUCUGGUGGGGAAAUGUCGUCCGGCUGUUCGGGAGAACCCCCCAGACCUGAGUUCAAGCUCUCCUGUGCAAAGCCAGAGCUCUACACCAAGGGAAAUCCAGUGUCCUGUGGAUCCUGAUGCUUGAUUUGCUCUGGGGUGGUGGUGUUCAGUGGCAGACAGGGGGAGUGCUUUGAGAGCAGCUCCUCCUGUUAGAAAGGAUGGUUGGGGUUUGGAGAGGCUGUUAUAAUGAAUUUUUGCUGUUUUCAAGGCAGGAGUUUCAAAGUGAGGUAAUUGUCCAAAACCUGCAUUGUCCCAGCUGCCUUUAGGAUGAAGGCUUCUUUGGGAGAAGUAAUGUUGCAUCUUGAAAAGCACAGACUUAUUCUGGGAUGCAGAGUGAGACAACUUUAUUCUCAGCCUGAUUCCUUUUAUAUUCUUCUCGAUACAAAUCAUAUAAUAACUCUAAAACUUAAGUCCAAUCACAAUUGUCAGCGUAUACCUAUAAACCAAUCAACUAACAGAUCAUGUGCUGAUCACGCAUCUAUUUACUGCCAACUUAAUGUUUUGAUACUUUCUUACUGCAAUCAACAGGCAAAGCAAAAGCUAGCAGUUACAUAUUUUGAAACACUUAUCUAAGCAAUGUCACAAUUCUCUAUGCACUUCAUUGUGUGUACUGAAUUCUUGCUUUCUCAUCCCACGGUUUUGUUCCAUCAAGCAGAACAGUGUUUUUCUCACAAGGCCGCUUUUGCUCCAUCGACAUGUUUGAACUUGCUCUUAAAACUCUCACAUCUCCCCUUCUGUGUUUAUAAAGAAUAUUUGUUUCACCGCGUGAUCUGUUAAACUUUGUAUCACUUCCAGCACACACACAAUACAAACCAAAAUACAAGUAAAAAUCAUUAAACGUAUUAAUCCUCCUUGCCACGCACUUAGUCCUAAGUUUCAAAAAAAGUUUCCAAAAAUAUUAAAGCCAUCGUCUUGCUGUAGCUUUCGCACUCCAUCUUGUAGACUGUCAGUGCUUUUAUGGACAGACUCUGAGCAGUCAGAUAAAUUCAUGCAACAAAGUUCAUCAAAAUCUUGGCAUCCAUGACUUUCCGUUAAUAGCAGAAAAUCUGUAGCAGCUCUCUUUUGAAGUGUAGCAUGCCUAACAGAAUCAGCAUCUAACAAUAACCCACUCAGUGCUAGGGAAGUAGCAUUAGUCUGUUUUGCUAACCAGCAGCCAAGCUUACCUAGUGUUCCCCAAAGCUUUACCCACAGCCACUUGUGGUGCAAAUAAAAAUGCUGCUACAAUUUCAACAGUGUUCCAAAACUUUGUAUUAUUGUCACAAUCAGAUUGAUAGGCAAGUGUAAAACGUUUGUGAUAUUUUCUAUGACUUUGAGUCAUGGAGAUGUUGGGUGUCAAUAGCGUUAGUCUUCCAAUACUACAUAGUCCCCCCACGCACAUGAGAAGGGAGACCAGGCCAAGCACAAUCUCCACAGACUGAAAAGAAUACAGGAGGCAACUUGUAUGAGUAUCUACUAGAUAAUAAUUAGAUUUGCAGCAGUAUAGUUGCAUCAUGUCGUGGCAUUUCUAUAUACAGGCAAGGUAGCAUUUAACCAUUGAAUUUUAUGAGGGAUCUGUAUCCCCUGGUCUUGAUCCCUUAAAUGAGGCCCACAACUCUGUGUAAUUGAAAAAUCACACAGUAAUCCUUUUUCACAGAUCCUAACAAAUCUAAUCCUUGUGGUUCAGUGUUCACUUUUGAAAGCCACCCAACCCAAUUAUUGAACUGACCAACUAUAUCAGUAGUGGUAUUGUUUACAAAUUCCCAUCUGUCAGAGGGAACAGUUGUCACAGGUUGUCCUACCAAGCAGGUAGUAAAAGGAUUCCCCGGACUGGAUAGUGAUAGGCAGAGUGUGUCCUGUCCUGUUUGAUUAGCUAAGGUCACCUGUAUAUUAGUUUUUGGUUGAGGUGGAACCUGUAGAAACACAAGCAUAUCUUCUACCCCUAGUUAUUAAAGGAAAAAGUCCUUCCCAUUGAUUUGUCUGCAAAUUUUUAACAACCUGGGCCUUAUCUUGAACUUUAUGUUCAUAGAACCAUAGAAUAGUUUGGGUUGGAAGGAACUUUAAAGAUCAUCUAGUUCCAACCCCCCAGCCAUGGGCAGGGACAUCCCACUAGAUCAGUAAUUUUCUAGCAUAUGUCUGGGUGGUUGAAGUCCCCGAGUAGGAUGAGAGCUUGCGAGUGUGAAGCCUCCUGUAGCGGGAGGAAGAAGACUUCAUCGUUUGUCUCUCCUUGAUCAGGUGGCCUGUAGUAUACACCAACCACAAGAUUCCCAUUGGUUCUUCCAUCUUUAAUUUUGACCCGCAAGCUUUCAACCUGUUUGUAGCUACUCUUCAAUGACAGCUCUUCACAUUCUAUCCCUUUCCUGAGAAAGAGGGCAACACCUCCACCUUCCCGAUCUGCCCCUUCUGAACAGCCUGUAGCUGUCGAUAACAACAUUCCAGUCAUGGGAUUCAUCCCACCACGUUUCUGUGAUGGCAACUAGAUCAUAGCUUUCUAGUAGCAUGGUAGCUUCCAGCUCCUCCUGCUUGUUGCUCAAAAAUGUCUAUGUAACAUCUUUAAUUUUCUCAGCAGGAUGUACUGAUGCAUAAAUACAUGAAGAAAACGUAUCAACAGAAACGUGGACAUACUUAAAUUUACCAUAUUCAGGGAUAUGUGUUAAAUCUGUUUGCCAAAUUUCAAGUGCAAAAAGACCUCAAGGGUUCACUCCAGUGGAGGGUACUGGUAAAAUGUGUUGACAGUCUGGGCAUGACUGUAUGAUUUGUUUAGCUCGCUCUUGAGUUAAUUGAAAUGUCUUUUGCAAUGCUUUGGCCUUCUGGUGAUAAAUUUCAUGUGAUAAUGCUUGUGCAAAACGAUUUCGCAGAAUUUCAUCUCCUGCAAGGCUGUCUGCCUGAGCAUUACCUUCGCUAAUAGGUCUUGGUAAAGAGGUAUGUGACUGUAUAUGUUGAAUAAAAUAUGGGCAAGUUCUUUUGUUCAAUAGAUACCUGAGUCUCCAAAGCAGUGCAAAUUUUGUUUGCGAAGCAGUCCAAGCUGCAAACCAACCAUCAUGUAUGGAAGUCUCUACAGGGAUUGCCAUAACGAACACACAGGGUACUGUAAACUGUGCCACUAUUUCCAGCAGACAUGAAAGCCGUAAGCACAGGCUCAGAAGCAGAGAAAGCUCUCAGUUUAAUCUAAGAAUCAUAGAAUAGUUUGGGUUGGAAGGGAUCUUAAAGAUCAUCCAAUUCUAACACCCCUGCCAUGGGCAGGGACACAUCCCACUAGAUCAGGCUGCCCAAGGCCCCAUCCAACCUGGUCUUCAACACCUCCAGGGAUGGGGCAGCCACAACUUCCCUGGGCAAACUGUACCAGUGCCUCACCACUCUCAUCGUUAAGAAAUUCUUCCUUAUGUCUAGUCUACAUCUGCUCCUCUCCAAUUUAUAGCCACUGCCCCCAGUUCUUUCACCACAAGCCUUUGUAAACAGUCCCUCCCCAGCUUUCUUGCAGACCCCCUUCAGGUACUGGAAGGCUGAUAUAAGAUCUUCUCGGAGCCUUCUCUUCUCCAGGCUGCACAAGCCCAACACUCUCAGCCUGUCCUCAUGUGGCAGUUGCUCCAGCCCUCUGAUCAUCCUUGUAGCCCACACACAAAUGUAGUGCUGACAGUGAGCAGACCGAAUUCAGACCAGCCUUAUAGUAUACUAAGUCAGCGACUAAGGAGAAGCCUAA